UGCUACAAGCCAAAGAAACUGAGCUGUGAUACCAGGAUGUACCACAUAAACGGAGGAAUGGGUAUAAAACUCAAGGCUAAUGAGGCGAACCUUUUCAAAAGCAAUGUCAACAUGCAAGUCUUCAUUCAGGCUUCAGGACCGGCCAAUGUUACUGUGCUGCCUCAAAGGAAAGAGCAACCCAUGGAUAGUCAAGGCAGUGGGAUGUCUGGACUCUCUGGGUAUUACUACCAGGGUGUGUGGCGACCACUAGGUGGCACCAAAGUCCACCAAUUCAACAACUCCUCUGCCAUCGAGCUUUGCUGGAGAGAGUGCAGGAAGAUAGGAGACCAUACUAAUCUGGGAUUGUCCCAAAUUGAAUAA